UGUCAUGAGAAAAGCAUUUACUGUAUUUAUCAGCACCACUGCCCAACAGAGAAAUUGUACUUCACCGAUUAAAUCCAAUAUGGAAUUGUCAGAGGACAUGGCAAUGAUUCCUUCACCAGACCCAAACCACUGUCCUUCUCAUCUGGAGACCUUGACCAUGAUGGAUCAAUUGUUUGUCUACAAAGAACAAACUACAGAAGAAACUCUUGCAGAGGUUUGCUGUGGAAUAAAGCCUGUCAGCAGAUAUUCUGUGAAGGAUAGCAUGGGGAACAAGGUCUUCGGUAUUCUUGAGGACGACGAGUCUUGUGAAAGGCAAUGCUAUGGUGCUGGACAUCCUUUCACAAUGAAUGUUACUGACCACUCAAAUCAAGAGGUCAUCAGAAUGGUGCACCCAUCUGUUUGUACCUCCUGCAGCAGCCAUGAGCUAGAGGUCCAGUCUCCACCGGGCACUACCAUUGGACACGUUCGACAAAACUGGCAUGUUUGCCUACCUAAAUUCAGUCUUGAGAAUGAACGGGGUGAAACAGUAAUUAAGAUUGUGGGACCAUGUGUAGGUUUUACCUGCUGCACAGAUGAGAACUUUGAGCUGGUGUCUUUGAAUGAAGCAGCGAUAGACAGAUCAUUUGGCAAAAUAACCAAACCAUUCUCAAGCAGGGGAUCAAAUGCUGCUUUUGUGAUCAGCUUUCCAAGCAACAUGGAUGUCAAAAUGAAAGCUACUUCACUGGGAGCCUGCAUACUUAUUGACUCCAUGUAUUACACAUAACAAAGGGCAUCCCUCUUGUGUGUCUGCAUAUCAGUGGCAUUUGGCUAUUGGAAAAUAAUCUAUAGGUAGGGCUGUGCCACAUCCACCAAUUUCAGUAAACAUCCCAAUCAGCUAAGAAGAAAAGAGUUGACAGAGGGGGAAAAAAAUAAUACUAGAUUUUGAGAGUCUUGAAGUAUAUUUGAAAUAAACAUAAAUGUUUUAUCAAAUUCUGGAUUA